AUGGAGUUCAUACAAUCUCCGAUGGCUCGCAUUACCAGUCUCUUUUCUUCCGACAAGAUGGAAAGCUCCAAUGAAAAGGCCACCAUCACAGUUCAGUCCGCAAAGAGCUACAAUGAAACAGAUGAUUACACACUAGUUGAAUUGUCUCCGGAGGAAACUCUGGUCGAGUUUUCCCCGGACUCAACAGCCGACCCGAAUCAGUGGAUGUUUGGCCAGAAAAUGUACAACGCCGUCGUGGGGCUCCUAGUGGUACUUAACAGUGGCGUGUCGUCUUCCCUGCCUAGUAAUGCAGUCCCCACGAUCAUGCAGGAUUUUGGCCUGUCAGCAGAUGGCCAUGGCCAGAAAGUAUUGCCAACAUCCAUUUUCCUGAUUGGGUAUUGUAUCGGGCCUCUAGUCUGGAGUCCUCUGAGCGAAACAAUUGGCCGGCGACCGGUUCUCUUCUGGAGUUUUACUGUCUUCUUUCUCGGCACUCUGGGUUGCGCUCUGGCGCCCAACUGGAUGUCGCUAUUGAUCUUCCGUGUCAUCUGUGGCACUAUGGCUGCGGCACCCCAGACUGUCGUGGGCGGUGUUUAUGCGGAUUUGUUUUCGGAUUUACGCAGUCGUGGUCGUGCGAUGGCUUUAUACAUGUCGGCAUCAAGCUUUGGUCCCAUCAUUGGCCCGAUUAUCUCCGGAUGCUCGGUUCAGUAUGGCUGGCGAUGGACAUUUCGCAUCGACUUGAUUUUCAGCGGCCUCACAUGGCUGGGCCUGCUCUUUUAUUCUGAAACAUUUGCUCCAGUCAUUCUCAAGAAGCAAGCUUCCAAGCUGAGGAAGGACACAGGGUGUGAUCGAUAUUUCUCCCCGCAGGAGCUCAGAAAGGCGGAUGCCGCAUUCACUUUAACCCAAACCAUCACUCGGCCUCUUACCAUGCUCCUUUUCGAGCCUAUCAUUCUGUUCACGGCUAUUUACAUCUCGCUCGCAUGGAGCAUGGUCUUUUUCUAUUUCCAGGCAUAUCCCAUCAUCUUUGAGGGCAUCUACGGUUUUGAUAUCUCAAUGACCUCUCUCACAUACAUUCCGGUGGGCGUCGGCGCUGCAUCAUCCUGUCUCUUCGCCUUCACUUACGACAUCAUCUACGAAAAAGCCAAGAAACUUGGCAAGCGCUGGACGUCCAGCCCCGAAUACCACCGACUUCCACUUUCUUGCGCAGCAGGUCCCCUCUUAGCAGGCAGCUUAUUCUGGCUUGCAUGGUCGGCCAGAGCCUCUGUUCACUGGGCGGUGCCUGUGAUGUCGGGCCUUGUCUUCGGAAUGGGGUACCAAACCACGUUCAUUUCACUGCUUACCUAUGUCACCGACGCAUACCGUAUCUAUUCUGCUAGCGCUUUGGCUGCGUCCGUCAUCUUGCGGAGUAUUGCAGGUGCGCUGUUUCCUCUCGCCGCAGAUCCACUCUAUGCGAAGCUCGGUGUUUCGUGGGCGACCUCGGUCCUUGGAUUUGCCGCUAUGGCCUGCAUGCCGAUUCCCUUUGCCCUUCUCUAUUUUGGACCGUGGAUCCGUAAGAGAAGUCCGUUCUGUCAGCGGCUGUUGGAGGAAGAUCUGUUGAAGGCUGGGAGUGGAACGAGGAUGCCGGAGGCUUGA